AGUGCCAGCAGUUAAGUGAACCUGUCCAUACCGACAUCAACACAAAGCCCAGAGAAGAUAAUAAAUUGCAAUAAAAACAAAAACGAAGGCGAAAUUGAGUAAACAAAAAAAAAAAAAAAAAAAAAACAAAACACAUUUUUGAAUAAAUAAAUUUCGCAAUAUAGCGUUAAAUUAUCAAGUCUCAAAAACAGUGCAAAACAAAAGAAUUUUGGUGCAGAGUGAAGAAUAAAGAAAAAGUGUUCAACAUGUCAUCGACUGAACAUCAGGAUCGUCCACUGAUGGACGAUGAGGAGCCAGUGGUGGUGGACUGCAUAAAUUGCGAGGCUGAAUGUGAAAUGGAAGUACCUCAGCCAUCGAGUUCUGAGGUAAACAUGAGCAAGGAUUAUUUCAAGAAGGCCAUGAAAAAGGCUUACAAGGCCCAAAAGCUUUUGCAGGAUGCCAUGGGAGAGUUGGCUGAGGAGAUGUAUUACAAUAAAGGUGAAGCAAAGAAGGAUAAGAAGCAUAAGCGUCAUCUCCGUGCAUCAUCUGCUGGAACCAGCGAUGGCACUAGCAGUGGUACUAGCAGCGGUACUAGUUCAAGUUCCAGUUCAAGCGAAAGUGAAGCUGAAGCUGAAGUUAAGUUCAAGGGCCGUCAUCAUGGUGGCAGACAACGCUCUCAUUCACGUGGCCACUCACGUAGCCGUUCCCGUGGCCAUAAUCGCAAACAUUCACGUAGUCGUUCUCGCAGCCACUCACGCGAACAUUCCCGUCAUCAUCAUCAUCAGCAUGAUGAACCAUUUGAGGGCAUGUGUGAAUUCGCAGAAUUUUACUGCCCUGCCAUGGCGCAAGCUCACGGUCAUCAUGGUAAGAUGAAGAAACAUCAUGGUCAUCAUAAGCGUCACGCCAGUCGCUCUCGUUCCCGUUCUCACUCCCGUGGACGCCAGUGUGAGAUGAAGAAACAUCAUGGUCAUCAUAAGCGUCAUGCCAGUCGCUCUCGAUCUCGCUCUCACUCUCGUGGAGAUAAAUGUAAAAUGAUGAAGAAACAUCAUGGUCAUCACAAGCGUCAUGCCAGCCGCUCUCGUUCCCGUUCUCACUCCCGUGGGCGUCAAUGUGAGAUGAAGAAGCAUCAUGGUCAUCACAAGCGUCAUGCCAGUCGCUCUCACUCUCGUGGAGGUAAAUGUGGAAUGAUGAAGAAACAGCAUGGUCAUCACAAGCGUCAUGCCAGUCGCUCUCGUUCCCGUUCCCACUCCCGUGGACGUCAGUGCGAAAUGAAGAAACAUCAUGGCCAUCACAAGCGUCACGCCAGCCGCUCUCGUUCCCGUUCUCACUCCCGAGGACGUCAUUGUGAGAUGAAGAAACAUCAUGGUCAUCACAAGCGUCAUGCCAGUCGCUCUCACUCUCGUGGAGGUAAAUGUGAAAUGAUGAAGAAGCAGCAUGGUCAUCACAAGCGUCAUGCCAGUCGCUCUCGUUCCCGUUCUCAUUCCCGUGGACGUCAUUGCGAAAUGAAGAAACAUCAUGGCCAUCACAAGCGUCAGCAUGGUCACCACAAGCGUCAUGCCAGCCGCUCUCGUUCCCGAUCUAACUCCCGUGGACGUCAGUGUGAGAUGAAGAAACAGCAUGGCCAUCACAAGCGUCAUGCUAGCCGCUCUCGUUCCCGUUCUCAUUCUAGGGAUAAUUCCCGCAGAAAUCAAUGUCCUGUUAUGAAGUGUGCCAAGAAAUGUCCUUGGAUGAUGAAACACCAUGGUAAGAUGAGUUCCGGCAAAUGUCCCGGAAUGAAGUUGGCCGAAAAAUGUCCUAUGAUGAUGAAGCACCAUGGUAAGAUGAAUUCGGGCGAAUGUCCUGGUAUGAAAUGCGCCGAAAAAUGUCCUAUGAUGAUGAAGCACCACGGUAUGAUGGGUUCUAACGAUUGUCCUUGGAUGGCAAAAGAUUCUGGUAUGACCUCAAGUGAUUGCCAAAGAAAACGUUCCCGUUCUUGUCGUCGCAUGCAACACGAUGGAAGACAUGGAAAAUGUAACACGGGCUUAUCUUCAUCAUCCCCUUCGAGCAGUUCCAGUAGUAGCAGCAGUAGCAGUAGCAGUAGCAGCUCUGAAGAUGAAUCCCCAAAGCACCACCGUAGGCCACACUGCCCUUGGACAAUGAAUCAUUUUGGUGGCAUGCAAAGACGUGGUGCUCAUCCAUGGAUGAUGGGUCACCCUGGAAUGAUGGGACAGCAUGGAAUGAUGGGACAGCAUGGAAUGAUGGGACAGCAUGGAAUGAUGGGACAGCAUGGAAUGAUGCGACGCCCUGGAAUGAUGGGUCGUGGCAGAUGUCCUUGGAUGAUGAUGCGUCCUGGUUGCGGCCGCAUGAUGUCCCCUGAACCUUUUUCAUUCUCGCCUUUUUUCCAUGGUCAUGGUCAGGGCCAUUUUUAAACGAAAAUUCAAAAUAACGAUACAUCAGUCAUACUACUAAUCGAUUAAACCUAAAAAAAGAAAAAAAAAACAAAUUAAA